AUGGCAUCUUUUAUGAGGCCAUCAGUAGGAAGGUAUACAUUGCUUCCUUCUGCUUCGUCUUGCGAAGAUGUUUCGGUGGAAAGACAUAGUGUUCUGACCUCCAUGGAUGGUAGAGGUAUGUACGCAUGGUGUGCUCCUUUUUCUUCUCAAGUUCUGCAUGUUUUGGUUUCGUGACUGGGAGUGGAAAAUGAUUUUGACCUUGACUGUGGCAAAUGAUUAACUGAGGAAUAGGGUAGUUGAUCAAAAAUUCAACAAUUAAUUUUCUUUAGCUGAAAAAGAUGAACUGAAAGGCUGACAGGCCUUGGAUUGAAUUGAAUCCUUGGCUGGGACCUUCGUCUACAAAAAUGGAUGCUGUACAUUCUAAAUUCGAGAUUUCUCAUUUUAUGAAAAAAAUUGAAAACAAAUUGUAGAGUAAGAUUUUGUUCUCGUAAUUUCAAACUGCCUGUUUAAAUAAAAGAAAAAAGAGUUCUUAUCCUAUGAUUUGUUUUAAAUUUUUCUUGUAAAAUAAAUAAACGUUUUCUUAAAUAAAAUAUUGAGAGUUUCGGAGCAAUCUCAAAUUUAGAGUGGUAGUCUAAUAUUAGGGCGCUUUCCAAAAGUCAGAACUGGCCGGCCGGACCAUGGCCGGACAAGUCAUUUUGACAAUGAAAAAUGCUUUUGCAAUAGGUUUUCGUUGAAGAACCCUCCCCUUCAAGCCUACUGUUUAAAAUUUAACUGAUCUAACUGAAUAGUUAUGAUUAAAAAUGAAUUUCUCAUCAUUCUGGUCUCACGGCUGACAAAUGGAAAGCAAACCAGGGCUGAUCUGGCGGAUUUUGAUAAUCUGCAAGUGAGAAAAACAUCAACUAGCAAACGUUUGUGAGUUGGAAUCAUCCAUGUCUCCCAAACAAAGGGAAAGAAUUUGCUAGUGGUCUCACCAGUUUGCUAGUAGAAAAAAAUCUUUCUAGCAAAACUUUGCAAGUGCACUAAAAAGUUAACUUCGAGCCCUGUAGACUACAGCACAUGUGUAGUGUUAAUACAUGUAAGUAGAGGCUAACCUCUUGAUAAGCUUCUACUUCUAUUCGAGUUAUUUUUAACUUUUCUAAAGGACAAAAAUGGAAAAUCCCCAUCAAAAAAUGGGCUAUUUUUGAGUUCGUCAGUCUCUACAAUCAUCACUAGUCCAUGGCUGAUCUUGAUCAAUACCCUGCAAUCCGUUCUAAGCAGGGUAUACAUGAGCAUAAUGAUACAUUCUAUUAAGAAGAACCCGCAUACAUUUCCAACUUGUUUUUAACUUGUAACUCAUAAGCGCACUCUAAUGUGAUCACUGCAUUUACUAUUCCCUUUAAAUAUAACCUGAACACCUAAUAAAAACAGCAUUUUUAUAUCACAAUGAGGUUUUUCUGUGAACAAUGAUGAGAUAUCCCAACCACUGACUUGCUCCAAUGGCCAAGAACAUCUGCUACUAAGGAGUUUUCCUGCAGAAAGAGAAGGUAAAUGCAUUGUUCAUGUCAAGAGGCCAUUGGAUGUACAUGUAUGUUACAGGUCAAAUUUGUUUUCAGGUUAAUUUUGAUUUAACCUAGGUUGAUUUUCAACCUACAGUACAGCCCAAAAAUGAUGCACACACAAGAAGUGGUGCAAGAAGUUGUUGCACCACAAGAACACGCAAGCAAAAGUGCCAUAUUUUUGUGGUUUAUCCGCAAGAACUUCAAAACACAAGAAGUCAAAAAUCUUUAUCGCAAGAAGCUACAAAAAUUACCACAAGCCUCAAGAAGGCACAAAAAGUUGUUUUAAUAUAAGUACACCACUGUAUUCACCUGGACAAAGUUUGUUGUGUUUCGCCUUUUUAUUCGAACAUCUUUUGUAGUGUUGAAUUUUUCCAGCCAAUAAUUUACUCUGUGGCAGCAAAAGGUAAUCAUGCAAGUGCACGCAUAAAAAGUUGCCUAAGAAAGUGACGAACCUUCCCUGCUUUUUCUGCAAAGUGAACACUUCCAUCCUUUCAGCAUUUUCAAAGUUUAAGAUAAAGUGUGUGAAGCAUUUGUUUAACAAAACGGUCUAUAGUUUCGAAUGUUUCGAUCAUUUGGAUUGUGCCGAUUUUCUAUUGUGUGUUGUAUCUUUCUGCAAAGAACUUCUUGUGGUUUAAAUUUCUAACCGCAAAAGUUGUUCUUGUGUCUUGCAGAAUUGAAGCACAAGCGCCCCACAAGCAGCCACAAGAAGUUGCCAGCUUGUGGAUGCCAAAAUAAGUUUUUGCACGUGCAUUAUUAUUUUUGGGCUGUACUGUACUAGGUUAAGGGUAAUUUUCCACUGGCUGAGAGUAACGAAUUAAGUGGAAAAUGUUUUUCUCACACACCGCUGGGAGCCUGGGUAUAGGUCAUGUGACUGAAGGGCGGGCAGAUGCUUUUGUUGCGUCCGCCAUUACUGACCUUCCCACCCACCCACCCUAAGAUUUCAGUUUUGUAUGCCGUUAAAUGUACGGUGCAACUUUGUAGUUUUGUUAGCGCCCUACCUUUCUAAGGUUAUGAUAUGUAUGCAUUUUUUGAGUUUAAAAUAAAGGUCAGGCUGCGGCGGUCGGCUUGGCAUGGCUACCAGUGGUGUGUGAGAAAAAAAUUUAACCUGAAAUCAAAUUUUACCUGUAACAUGUGCAUUUGUGAAUUUACUAUUGUACAUGUUACUCAAACUGGCUACACUGAAUGUCACAGUGAAACCAACUUGUCUGUAAAAUGCAGGUCAAGGUCACGAUCUCAUUGGAAACUCAGUGGUGAAAUCAAAUAUAUUGUUUUAGAAAUUGAUGAAAGGAGUAGGGUUUGUUUUUCUCUCGAACUGUAAUUUGAAAGCAGCCUUAUUUGUUUGUCAAAAAAAUAAUGAUUUACUGAAUGGUGUGAAAUAAAUUAAUAAGCAAUGGCUUAUUUUAUAUUAUUUUUUAAAAACAGUGCUUUCAAUGCAUGAGCACCCACUGCUGACGAAAAGUAGAGUGUAGGCUACUAGACUGCUUAGAGAAAUCCACAGCUACAUACAUGUACUUUUUCCCCUGAACGGAAGUACUGGGUAUUUAAAAAAAGGAUUCUUUCAAAACCUUAGGUACAGUCUAAGCUGUCCAUAGUACAUGCAUGUACAAGACAAUGUUUAAACAUAAAUAAGCAUAAUUUCAGGUCAAAGAAUCCCUGAGCCUAUCUGUACUCUGAUGCUCAAUGCAGUGGAAGAUGCCAAAUGAAUGGUAUCUGCCACUUUAACUCAGAAUCUGAAACAAAAAGUAAUAAGUAAUAUUUUAAUUAAUACACCGUGCAUAACAACCACAACAAAUGUUUCUAAUAUGACAUGUAAUGUGCAUAACAGCUGAUAAGAGAUAGUAAUACUAGUAAUGCUAUUAUUUUAUAGUUCUAAGCAUCGCAGUGUGAAAAAAACAAAGCAUUUCUUUUUUCUAAGAAAGCAGCUAACCAUCCGUCCAGAAUCAUGUCAUUAUCAAGCAGUCUUUAUGUUGUCAUCUUAACGGCACUGUACUGGAUCUACAGUGUGCAUGUACCUUAAACAAUCUAAAAACAAAUUAAUUAAUUGACAGCCAUACAUGUAUUUCAUAACAACUGGUUCAUCAUCUAAGAAUGUCAUUUUCUUUUCCAUUUUUUUGUUAGAAGCUGAAAGCAAUAAGAAGAAGUUGUCAACAUUCUUUGGUGUUGUGGUUCCAGUUACACUGUCUAUGUUUUCAGUCAUUUUGUUUUUACGUCUUGGAUUUGUUGUAGGACAGGUGUGUAACUUUGUUUUGUUCUGUGUCCAUUUAUUCUGACUCUCCAAGUAUAGAAGUGUUGGUAUGUGAUAGCGGCCGCUAGAAGUUGUAUUAAGUGAAAUCAUCAUCAAAGUGAUGAUCAUCAAGUAAAUCAUAGCCUGUUCCAGGCGUUCAGACAGUGGGAGCGCGAAAAACUAAAAGCGAGGGAGGAGGAGAGGUGAGAGAGGGAACGCCUGUUAGAUUUGUUUUAAAUAGACUCUUCCGCCCAGUCAGACCGCAUCAGCUGUAUUGGUCUUCACUUGUCAAUCAAGACUGGUGUUACAGCCCGAUGCAUUUAUUAUUUUUCUUUGCGAAUAAAUCGAAGUUUGUCAGAUCAAAAAUUAAUUUAUGUAUACAUAAUCUUACUAAAAACCAAUGUAAGACUUUCAGACAAUAGAAGGCGGGAGAAGUAUUCAUGUAUAAUGAAUUUAUUUCUGUUUUAAAACAUGAUUUCAGCGUGUAAUGUGACAAAAAAUUAUGAAUCAAGUGACAAACAAAUAUCGCUCAUUUCGAUAGAAAGCCGUUUCAAUACAGAUCGUUAACUCAAGCAAUGAAAAUGCACAACAAUUGAAGGAAAAAUUUACUAUUCGGUGAUUGAGUGGACCUCGUCAAUAGCGAUAAGCGGCAACUUGCUUUCAAAGCUUUUCUUUUGAAGUCCUUUUGUCCAUUUAUUAAACAACCACGAUUUGGCACUUCAGUAAACAAUUUCACAGCUUCCACUUUUAACGGCUUCAUCCAUAUCUUCUCCCAUCAUUGCCGCCGCUACUCCGAUCUGACUUGUUCAAAUAUUCCACUUGGUCCAUGAUGGUAAUCAACGGAGUUACCACAACAAUCGUAAAUGGCAUUCUAUCCUGCCUUCAUUCCAACGCACGCUUUAUUCGAGGAAAAAACUGGAAAAUAAGAAUUUUUCCAAAGCCAGUCGGUGAGAAAUUGCUAAGACAUCUAUCCUACCGACUACGUGUUUUAAACAGUUUCUUUGCUAUUCGCUUUUAGCCUCCACGUUUGGAAAGUGUUUGUUGCGAGUUUGAUUUCUGCGUGACGGCACGUAGAGUCUGUCAUAACGGCCAUAUCGCAUUUCUCGCUGUGAUCGAAGACGCUCCACUGUUGACAAAAACUGUCAAAAUCAACCAAUCAGAGGGUAUACCAGGAUCUGGUAUACCGGAACGCACUUUUGUUAAGAAUUCUUACAAGCGUUCCCGCACCUCUCUCCCCAGUCCCCCUCUACUUUUCAUCGCUUUCCCUACUCCACACCGCUCUCCACUAUCUGAACGCUUGGAACAGGCUAAGUAAAUCAUCAAUGCAUCAUCAAGUGCAUUAAGUGAAUCGGGCCAUGCAUUAAGUGAAUCAAGUAAAACUUGAUUCACUUAAUGCAUGGCCUGAAGUGUGUGUAUAUAAUCCUUGUCCUGAAAUAUUGUGAGUUGUUUGGAGUACAUUUUCAUCACUGUACCUGGAUCAUAAGAAAGGUUGUAAAUGACACAUUAUGGAAGAAAACAAUAGUAGUCAUCAUCCCCUGGCUUGUAAUGCCUCUUUCUUAAAUUUAAUACAGUGUACAUGUAACCCCACCCCCCUGUUAAAUAGCUAUUAAACUCCACUUGCGUAAGCACUUCCUUGCCUCAUCUCUCUUGAGGGCUGUUUUCCUUCAUUAUUAUCGCUUUAUGACUACUGAGAGAAGGCUGUAGGGAUCAUGUGGAAACCAGUCUUAACACGUGUCUGAUGAAUCCUGUUUCCUAGAAUGAGCAUCGCACGCUCAAACAUAAAUGCCUCACUGAACAGUAAAAUUAACCUGAUAGUUCUGAUCACUUAAAAAAGAAUCAAACUUUAAAAAAGUGCUCCAACCCUUGAUUAAACAUCUACCCUUAUAAUGUGGGUGCACCUGUCCCUUCAAAUGAAUGAUCUUUCUGUAAAACAAGCAUCAACCUUAAAGAUGCAUUGCAUUGUAUGCACAUUAUAGGCCUGGUUCUCUGUGUCAGUAGGACACUCUAUUGGAUAUUAUUACCUCAUCAAAUUCAGUCAUGACUAAAAUAUGUACACCUGUUUAAGUUCUUCCUUGUCAGUUCCCCUCACAUUUCAAAUAAUAUAUGUUAAAGCAUAUCUCUUCAAAUAAACUCAUCUUGUCUAUGAACGUUGAUUUUAAAAGAAGUUUACAUAUUUUUAUGUUGUGUUUGAUUUUCCCAGGCUGGCCUAGUCCUUUCAGUGGGAAUGUUUGUGGUUGCUUACUUUAUAGUGGGUCUAACAGCCUUAUCCAUCUCUGCAAUUGCAACAAAUGGUACCGUUAAAGAGGGUGGAGCCUAUUGUAUCCUGCAGCAACCAUAAGUUAGAGGUCAUCACUUAAUAUAAAAUUUAGUAACUUAAAAGUUCACUACCAAAAGCUGGUCUUUAAGAAAGGUUUGCAGAUCCUACAACAGUUAACCCAAAUGUGAUACUUGCAGUGUAAAUAGUAUAGUACUGUAGUUAUUAAAGCGGUAGAGGUGUGGUAGGGUUUAUUAUGUCACUAAGUGGCCUAAUGCCAAGACUGGGCUGUCUGUGGUCCUACCCAGUGAUACAGCCAUUCCAUCCAGUGGUUGCUAUGUAACUGUAAAAUCAGAUGUAUUUAAAAAUAUUGUGUUUGUUAAAGACGUUACAUGUGUACAUGUCCAUGUAAUACAUAGUUUUAUACAUCAUGUCAUCUGCAUUUAAAAAAAAAAACUAACCCAAACAUUCUCAGUUUACGUAUUGUUUAUUUUCAAUUUUGCCAUCCUAAACCAACCUUAUAAACCUUUAUUAUACCACCUUUGGUGUAUUUUUGUGUACUUUAACCUAUGUUGAGGUUCCAGAUAAACCUUUACACUGAGCUUGCUAAAUAAUGGCACAAAAAUUUAAUAUGAGGAAGUUCUGUUAACGUUAACUGCUGCUGUCAGAUAUGAUCAGUAGAACAUUAGGUCCGGAGUUUGGUGGAUCCAUUGGGAUUAUCUUUUAUUUUGCAAACAUAUUUGCAUCUGCUGUCUACCUUUUAGGUGAGUUUAUGUAUACUGUAAACUGUUUAAUGCGAUGCUAAAAAUUACACGUAUUUAUUUUUGAAGUUGACUGUGUCAUACAAUGUAAAAUACGAUUCUUUUUAUGAUUACUUUAUUAAUAAUUCUUAAAUUGACACUGACCUAGCAGUAGAUUAUAAGCUUAUUUUUUAUGUAAAGAAAAAAUGAGCUGAAAUGAUAAGUCUUAUACAAGUAAGGGUUUUCUAAAACUUAGCAUAGUAAAAAUCGUGGGUAACAAAUGAUGUUUCGUCCAAUCUUCGGUCAUUUGUACAUCUUACCAAUAUAUGCUAAUUCUUUUAACUUUUUUUACUUACUUGAAAAUGACCGAAGAUGGGUCGAAACGUCGUUUGUUAUCAGUGAUUUUUACUGUGAAAUGAUAAGACUGCUAAAUAAUAUGUAACUAAUACUAUAAUGCAAGGAAAAACAAAAAAUAGGUAAGACUUACCAUGUAUGAUUGAAGUAAUGUACUGACAAAGGAGAUUAUUAAAUGUAAUAAAUUUUAAAUGAUAUUGAGAACAUUACUGUAAGCUCCAAUGUACUGUUAAGUGGACACACAAACUAACACAUCAUGGAGAAAUGAUUAUUACAAAGCCCUGGGCAUGGUUUUUAAUGGCAGCUUUUGAUACAUUGACCAAAUUAAUAAUAAUAUUAUUUAAGUGAAGAGCACAAUGCACUUUCAACCGAGUAGCAUCAAUUUCUUCAUUAAUUGGAUCAUAAGGAUCACAAGUAGAACCCUUUUUCUUGAAAGUAGAAAAUUUUUGC